CGGAAACAGGGUACCUCGGAACCUGUCUACCUGAUCAACGAUCCGGAACUUCCGGAAGUGGAGAGCGUUGUUUCCGAGGGGACGGUUUUCUGAGACGGACACGAGACUGAUGGUAUUUUUCUGGACUGUAAAGACCCAUGCACCCCACCUCCUCCAGCCUCGAACUUCUGAUCCUCCUCUUCUGACCCCCUCGGGACUGGGUCGGAGAUGAACACCAUCACCCUGGUUUCAUACAGUGCUUGGGAUUCACCCAAGCUUCUGUGCAUGCUAGUCUAGCUCUCUACCAACUAAACCCUUCCUCAGCCCUUCUUUCCUGUAUCUUUUCUUUAUAAGCAGCUUUGAAUUAGUUUAAGAUUUUUAUUUUCAGUUUCUGUAUGUAUGUGUGUCUACAUAUGUAUGUGUACAUUGGUAGGUGCCCUGGGAACUGGAGUUAAAGGUGGUUGUAAGCCACCUGAUAUCGUUGUUGAAAACAAACUCAGGCACUCUGCAUGAACAGCAAGUGCCCAUAACUGCUCGGCCAUCUCUCCAGCCCCAUGAGGAGCUUUUACAAAAAACUCCACAGUUAGGCUGGGCAUGGUGGAACAAGCUUGUGACCCCACGGCUGGUGUCAGGGAAGCAGUAGGAUUGGGAGUUCCAGGCCAGCCUGGCUCAGAAAACGAGAAUAACAGAGAUUAAAAUGAUACAUUUAGCCACAUUUUGUUUGUUUUUUCCUGUGGUUUUGCUUCAUGUUAUUACUGCUUUGGAGGAUCAACACUGCAGCAUUGAUUUCGUGUUGUUUGAAGGCUGGGGCUGUUGUGUUGAAAAGUGAACAUGGCCUUGUGCGUGUUUGGCAAGUGCUUGAUCACUAAGCCAUUUUCCCUGCCAACGUGGCAGCUUUUAAUGGCUGUUUAGUCACUCCAAACCUUGCCACUGGCCGCAUAAGUUGUUCUCAGCCUUUCAAGGUGAUAAAAGGACAUCUUAGUUUAUCGUCCUCAGACUUCCAGUUAGUUCCUUGAGAAAGAAAACUAGAAAUGGAUCCUACAGAUACAAAGGAUGACUAGAGCCUAGCAGAUUGGCCCACCAAAGACUCCGUUAAGACUCUAGUGCUGGAGCAGGAGCCCAGGAGUAGAGUGUGUGCUUAGCCUUUGCAGGGCCCUAACUUCAAUCUCCAUUAAAAAGAUGAUGGUUGAAAUUGUUUUUAGAAUCUAUUUUUUGUAACUAUAGCAUGUCUGUCAUACCCAGGACAUCAUUCACAGGAGGUGGGCCCUCACACUGAGCACACCCUAUACUUCUUUUACAUCUCCUGUUCAUCUGAGAUACUGGGCAUGAGCCACCACACCUGUAGAGUCCUUCUUGUCUAUGACAUGCAGUUAUCACAGCAGUUGGACCUGUUUCCUGAAUGCAGAGUGACCCUUCUGUUAUUUAAAGAUGUAAAAAAUGCAGGAGACCUGAGAAAAAAGGCCAUGGAAGGAUCUAUCAGUGGGUCAUUGAUAAACCCUAGUGUGAUUGUCGACCCAUUUCAGAUACUUGUGGCCGCGAACAAAGCCGUUCAUCUGCACAAACUGGGGAAAAUGAAGACAAGAACUCUGUCUACUGAAAUUAUCUUCAACCUCUCCCCAAAUAAUAACAUUUCAGAGGCUUUGAAGAAAUUCGGUACCUCAGAAAGUGACACUUCUGUUCUGAUCGUUUACAUUGAAGAGGGAGGAAAACAGAUACACCAAGAACACCUGGUAUCUCAAGUGGAAGGCCAGCAGGUGCCUUUGGAAAGCCUUCCAGAAAUAACAAAGCUCGCAGAAGUCAAAAAGAUAUAUAAACUGUCAUCACAAGAAGAGAGUAUUGGGACGUUAUUGGAUGGUAUCAUUUGUAGAAUGUCAACCAAGGAUGUUUUAUAAGUUGCCUAAAGUAUCAACAGAAAAUCUCCAAGUUAAUCACUAGCUGUUCUUUCCUGGUUAUAAAAUUAACAUUCUCAUCGCUGGAAAAGGGAAAAGAAACUACCACCAGCUCUGCUUUCUUUUCACUUCUUAAAGACACCCGUCUCUGGGUUUGCCACUGUCUCCUUGUCUUCUCUUUGUUUCAGUACGUUUUAUUUUUCUAUACAGUUGGAAUAAAAAGUUCAAGCACCCAGUGAA